AUGAUCAGUCGUUACUAUAAGGAUACGAAGAACUCCAAAGAAGUCGGCUUCAAAGGGGCUCCUUCAGACGGGGGUCAUAUAACAAACUACAGAUUCUUCUGUUCCACACGAUUCAACCUGGCAUUGCUGAUGCUGGUAGGUACGACGGUGAAUUACAUGAUGCGCACCAAUUUGAGCCUGGCCAUCGUGUGCAUGGUGCCAAACGACACCCUCAACUCUUCCGAUUCUGCCAUUUCUAGCACGGCUCCAACCUUUCACUGGUCAUCGCAGUUGCAAGGCAAUCUAUUGAGCGCCUUCUUCUGGGGAUACAUCUGUACGCAGAUCGCGGGCGGAUGGAUAGCCACCAGGUAUGGCUCUCAUCUGGUGAUCGUCAUCAAUUUCGCCGUCUGCGUGCUGUCCACGUUUCUGUCGCCUGUAGGAGCCGAAGUUUCCUACUACUUCCUGUUCGUUCUGCGAGUCGUUCUCGGCUUCUGUCAGGGUAUCAUUUUUCCCGCGUUCAUGUCCAUGUGGUCAAAGUGGGCGCCACCGAUGGAAAGGAGCAAACUCAUCGCAUUAAGCUUUGCCGGUAAUCAAGUUGGUAACAUCGUGACGAUGGCGAUAGCGGGACAACUUUGCAAAUACGGCUUUGCUGGAGGAUGGCCGUCAAUAUUUUAUGUUACAGGCAUAUUUUCAUUUGUGUGGCUGAUGGCCUGGGUUUUCAUCGGAAGCAACACACCGUCAAACAAUAGGCUGAUCAAUCCUAAAGAAACGGCGUACAUCACCAAUAUGUUGAAAUUGGAGGUGAACACCAUCGAAUCGCAGAAAAUUUCGGUGCCUUGGCGCUCCUUGUUCACAUCCAUACCUGUGUGGGCGGCGUUUAUCGCACACUGGGCUGGUGAUUGGGCUGCCUACGCCAUGUUAACCGGUCUUCCGCUGUACACCGAUAACGUCCUGAAAAUGGACAUUGCGAAGCUUGGAUUGUUGCUAGCAAUACCUUACGCGGCGUACUUUGUGUUCAUCAACGUCGGAGGAUUCACCGCAGAUUUCGUUCGGUCGAGGAAACUGUUGAGCACCAAAAACAUACGUAAAGUGAUGACGUUCUUGGCAUAUAUUCCUCAGGCGGCUUUCUUGCUGGCCGCCGGUUACUGUCGAGAGGGUCAAGAAGCGUUGGUGAUAACCUUCGUCUCACUUGGCCUCGGUUUCAGCGGAUUAAUGUAUUCCGGGUGCGUCACGAACUACAUGGACAUUGCGCCGCAAUUUUCGGGCACGCUGUUUGGUAUAGGAAACACGCUCAGUUCAGCAGCCGGCAUCAUCGCACCGAUAGUCAUGGGAGCUAUGACGUCUCACGUAAGACCGUAAGA